UGUAAACAACGCACAGCUGUAGCGCAGCUUCUUCGCCUUACCCACCACAGUGUCGCAAACAUUCUCUGCCGCCGCCUCCAGCUACGAUGGAGAAGGAACAGCCCCAGGACCAAACCAUGACGAUACAGCUAACGUUCUGUCGCAUUUGUGCCGUCCUCAGCACGGAAGAGCAUUGCAUCUACGAAGUGGCGUACAGUGCCGGCACACUCAGCAUGCACGCGAUGAUGGAAAAGCUAGUUCCCUCGGUGUUCAACGCGGAGCAGGUAAAGGUGGACGAGUUUAUGUCCUUCCCCACGAAAGUGUGCGGCAGUUGCAAAGCCAAAGUGCUCGAGGCGUACGGGCUGUACGAGCAGUGCGUGAGGAGUGGCGAUCUGCUGCGCGACUGUUUAGCGCGUAAGAAAAACGCAACGUUCAUCGUGAACAUAACCGGUGCUAGUGGUGGUGGUGGUGGUGUUGGCGGGGUCGAUAGUUCCGAUGGCAAACUGAUUGUCCCGCUGGCGUACGAAACGGAGGAAGUGUCGGUAGGUGGCAAAUCUCCCACUACAACGGUGGUUGAGAUAACGACCGAAGAAAUCGGAACACACUGUAAGGUGGAAAGUGAGGGCGAAAGUGAGAUGGUGGAGCUAGUUCCAAGCCUUGUCGAUGAUGAUGUUGCUGAGCAUGUUGCCUCGGAACGGGGCGAUCAUCAAACGUGUUCCGAGGGGGAAACUGUAACGAUACCUGCUGCCAAGGUAAAGCACGAAACGAGCGGAGUAAAACAUGCACGAACACGUGCGACAACGAAAAGAAACGUAAAGCAAGCAAAAACGACGAAACGAAAGCAGGACGACUCUGCCGACGUGCUGUUGGAAACAACGGAACAACCCAAACUGAAUCCCGUUCAAUUGCGCUGCCUACUUUGCAAUCGACCAGCGUUUGCCACACCGGCGGAACUUACGCAGCAUCUGCACAGCGAGCAUGCGGAUCAAAUUUUGCACUGCACCCUCUGCCCGAAAGUGUUCAUGACCAAGGCGGCCUUCGAGCAUCACCAGUACUGUCACGCGACGCGACGAUCGUUCUUUUGCGCGCUGUGCGAUAAAGGCUUUCAGUCGGAGCAGCUGCUGAAGAACCACAUGCGGACGCAUACGCACGGGACCGGGUUCCUGUGCUCGCAGUGUGGCAAAGAGUUUAGCGAUCGGAGCAAUCUGCGCCAGCACGAGCAGCGCCACACCGGCGAGAAACCCUGGGCAUGCAGCAUGUGCCCAAGCCGGUUUAGCACGAAGGGCUAUCUGACGGUACAUUUCGCUACCCAUACGAAAACGAAAGCAUUCAGCUGCGACACGUGCGGAUCACAGUUUAACCGGCACUACUCGCUGGUGAAGCAUAAGGUCAUCCACACAGGAGAGCGUCACUAUGCCUGCGAAGUUUGCAAGAUGAGGUUCGCGUCGGCGUACCACGUGAAAAUACACAUGCGAACGCACACCGGUGAAAAGCCGCAUAAAUGUGGCUACUGUUCCCGUGGCUUUGCGCAGAAGAACUGCAUGCUGAAGCAUAUGAAAACGCACGGCAAACCGUACCCGUGCGGCCGGUGCGAUGCAUCGUUUCAGGCGAUAGUGGAUUUGCGGAUACACGCGAAGGAGCACGAUCGGGUGCGGAAGCAGGAAGAGGUUGAUUCCCCUGCGGAACAAUAACCACAAUGCAAUGUGAUGUACGUGUUAGUAAUGGGUAAAGUAGACAAAAAUCCUGAGGGAGUUGUUCGGAAUCGUCUGAAAUCGUCCGGAGUCGUUCGGAGUUGAGUUUAAUGGGGUUAAGGUUAUUAGUAUUAUUUAAUAUAUAAAACCAUUUAAUUUGGAGCGAUUAAAAGGGUACACAGGUACUUGACUGGGCUUAAUUAACUGAACCUAUCGCGUGCUAGGAAUUAAUUCCGAAACUGCUACAGGAUAUCUAUAUCAGUCUAGUAUAGGAAAUCGAAUCUCUACAGGUCUAGGAUGCCUAUCCCAUCCUUACAACAUUCAACUGGGAUGUG